AUUACAAUAAGAGGAAUUUAACUAAUUAAUGACGUUUUGCUGUUAGGUAUCGAAUAAAACAUACCAGAGGAUCAGAGGUCAACGCACAGAAACAGAGGAGGCCAGAGAGAAACAGAGUUACGUAACGGGCGAGGAAGUACUUGAUCGUGCUUUCUGUGUGGCACGGCGAAGAAAGCAGUGUUGAUCGGAUGCAACUACCCAGGGACGAAGAUCGAGCUGAGAGGCUGCGUCAACGAUGUGAGGAGGAUGAACAAUUGCCUGAUUGAGCGUUACGGAUUCUCCGAUAACGAUAUCACCGUCUUGAUCGACACCGAUCCCUCCUGCAUCCAGCCAACCGGGAAGAACAUACGAUCGGCAAUCAAGAAGAUGGUACGGUCGGCGGAGCUAGGGGACGCUUUGUUCAUACACUACAGCGGCCACGGCACGCGCCUCCCCGCCGAGACAGGGGAAGCCGAUGACACCGGUUACGAUGAGUGCAUUGUUCCUUGCGAUAUGAAUCUCAUCAUCGAUGAUGAUUUCAGAGAAUUUGUGAAAGAAGUCCCAGAAGGUUGCAGAAUCACAAUUGUAGCAGAUUCAUGCCACAGUGGUGGCCUCAUAAGAGAUGCGAAGGAACAGAUUGGAGACAGCACCAACACAAAGAUACAAGAACAAGGCAAUUAUCACCAAGAUUCAGGCUCUAGUUUUGGAUUCAGAAGAUUUCUUCUUCAAAGAAUGGAGCAAGAAAUUGAGUCUCGUGGAAUCCACAUCCCUUCUGCAUUUCGUCACCGUAGAAGACGACAUCAUGAGGAAGAAGACAAGGAGGAGGAAGAAGAAGAAGAUGACGAGGAAGGAAGGGAUAUGGAGGAUGGCACUGUGAAAAACAGGUCACUGCCUCUCUCAACGCUGAUUGAAAUGCUCAAGCAGAAAACCGGGAAAGAUGAUAUAGAUGUUGGGAAAGUGAGACUCACCCUUUUCGAUAUCUUUAAGGAAGACGCUAGCCCUAAAGUGAAGAAGUUCAUCAAGUUUGUCUUCAACAAACUCCAACACCAUGGAGGAGGUGAAAGUGAAAAACAAGAGGGUGGAUUCUCGGAGAUGGUAGGAAGUCUUGCCAUAAAGUUUCUGAAACAAAAGCUGAAUGAGAAUGAAGAGUAUGCAGAACCUGCCAUGGAAACAAAUGUAGCCAAUAAUCAGGAGGUAUAUGCUGGAGCUGGAAAGGAUAGUGUUGUAGGUGGGGGAAUUCUGAUGAGUGGGUGUCAGAGUGAUCAAAAAUCAGCAGAUGCGAGUCCUCCUGGGAAUCCUGGAAAAGCGUAUGGAGCUUUCAGCAACGCAAUUCAGUUAAUCAUUCAGGAGACUGAUGCUCAAGUCACUAAUCAAGAACUGGUUUUGAAGGCUACGAAGCUGCUCAAGAGUCAGGGUUUUGCUCAGGAGCCUGGACUCUAUUGCAGUGAUCACCAUCUUCAUCGUACUUUUGUGUGCUAAUUGGUGUUGGAUCCUCAAGAUUUUUCUACAUAAUCUGAUAUUAUCAAUUACGAAGAAAAUUAGCUGCUAUAUGUGGGCUAACACUUGAUUAAUUAGGGCGUUUUUCCUGUGUAA